GAAAAAUCUUUCAGUAGGCUAAUCUUGACAGUUUCCAUUUUCUAUUGAGAAAGCGGCAGGCCCCAAGAGCACUCCAAUAAGUGCACCGAAAGGGCUGCCGUCCGAUGGGUACACUAUCGACAGGUGUGUCUGGUCUAGUCUAGUGACUCUCUUCCUACCGCUAGGAGUGAAAGACCCUAUUUCACGCCUAUAGACGAAAUCUGUCAUACCCACUCACAUUCUUUCUAGUGAAUAAGCAGCGCCGGGCUUGGUAUGGAUACGUAUCAUCAAAGCUUCGUUUCCUUUGUUCGCCCCGUUCUAGUUCCCUUUUUUGGCUUUAUUUUAGCCCACAUUGAUCAAUAAGAAUAGCAGUCGUAUAGGUUAGCGCUUCCUUGCUUGCAUCCUUUCCUCUCUUUCUUAAUGAAAUAGAUAUAGAUGUCUCGACUGCCGAAUCCGUAUCCUGCAAACAACUCGAUUCUGUUGAUUUACUGUCCAUUUGUCCUUCAACCGGAUUAAUGGUCAACGACUUUGACAGCCUUUCCUUCACACAAGGUUUUGAAUCCCGCUUAGGACAGAAAGUGAGAGCCCGAGUUCACUAUUUAGAUUGAGGCCAUACUCGGAUAGAGAAGCCAGUGAUUAAGUUACUGACUUUCCUGACCAGAGAAAGAAGUAAGCAGAAAGCUCAUCUUCUUUUCUUGGUCUUGCUAUUGACUUAGACCUCGGUACAGAGAGAAUUCAAGAGAUUGAUGAUUGAAGUUCAACAGAAUGUAGGAUAAAGAAAAAGAAGUAGUUAAGGAUGGAAUUCGUUUUGGUCAGAAGUCGUAUGCCAAAGUAUGGUUGCAGAGCAGUCUUGAAUUGAUUGACUCGAAGCGAGUCAAAGGUUGCUGGUUUUGUUCCAGCUUUGUCAGAUUAGGUAGGCAAGCAACAAAUCUCAAGCAAGCUUUGUUGAAUCCCGCAGUCUGGCAGAGAUGAAGACUUCGAAAUUGACUUAAACGUCCUGGUAAUACUAAUUUCAAUGACAUAUUUUGCAAUCAUAUGAGGAUGAGUUUUCUUUUCGGUUCAUGGUCCGGUGAGAUUGAGGUUUUAGUUAGACGUAACCAAGUUAAACGGACUUGCUUCCAAAGGCCUUACCUUACAGCUGCUAGUAAGAUUUGUAACUUACAGGGGAGCUACUGAGAAAGUCAAGUCUCAAGUCAACGGAAAGAGAAUUUGGAUUCUACUGAGCAGGAUAAAGCGGCAUACAAUACAAAAGGAGCUCUAAAGUAGUCCAAGGUAAAGGCGUAGAUCCGUAAUAAGUCUAUUCAGUAUUGGAUUGAAUUCCUCUAUUUCUAUUUCAUUCAUCACAGGGUCAGAAGCAGAUCGAAUUCUUUGUCUGGUUAUUAGUCUUAUCGAGGAGAGUGAAUUGACUUCCAGGGUCAGUCACGAACUAUAUUCAAUAGCUAUUGACUCAAACGCUGGGAUUGGAAUGCUUGACUUGCUUUCAAAGCCUUUCUAGGCUAACUCUUCACUAGGCUAGCGAAGGAACUUACAUUAGGGCAACAACUCCUGACUCGAGGGGGUAUGGAAUGACUUAUAUAAUAUAAGAGAUCUCUCUUAGGAUACCCCACGGAGAGGGAAGAAGGCUAGUUAAUCAGCUUCGGGAAAGAAGGAAGCAAGCGUUCCAAGCGAAGCAAAGGAGCCAAGCCUAUUGAUUCACCUGAGGACGGUUGCUAGCACGACUUAUGGCUUUCUAAUCUCUUUCUUUCCCCUCGCUUGAGAGCUUUCAGUUUAUGAAGGUGAUCCAUAAAUAAUGGAAUUCGAUGCAGCUUCGAAGAUGCUCUUUCCCUAACGAGUCCCCUAUACAUCCUGAUCGCUUUCAACUUCCAGACUUUCUUACUUUCUUUCAACUCAAUCACAGUACGGGCUUGUAUCCAAAGAGAAUGACUUAAGUCUUUCUCCUCUCAAUCACCUCCUACAAGUAUCCUGAUGUGUGAACGGAUUUAUCAAUCUAUAAAUAAAAGAAGGUCGGGCUUUCGUAGCAAUAGAAUGAGUUACCUCGGGAUUCUCAAUCUUAGGAAUCCGCAACUCUUUCUAAGACUAGGCCUGCCUUAGCGUAAGCCUUUAGAGUGAGUAGCUUUUUAGUUACGGUUCUUGUUUGCUACCAAUUGGGUGUUGAAAUGGAUCAGCCUAGGGAAGAUCAAUUGGAUCUCUUAGCCGUAAACAUCUUCUCUUAGAAGAAAUUCCUCAGUCUUCCCUACUGUUCCUGUGAGGAGGCGGUAGUUGGAUGAGAUUUUAUAGUAUCUUAUCGGACAAUGGAGAUGAUUUGAUUCUAUGGCAUUUCGUCCUUCGUAGCUGAUUCAAUAGCAAUAGUCAGUUCACGGAUCAAGUAGAAUCUUAUCUUUUCAAUGGUAUAUCCUCAGAUAGAAGAAGGAAAGGAUUACCUUCAACGGCAUUUACUCAUCAGUAGCGAUCAGAUGAAACUCUUUCCUCACUAACUUACUACAGAGCCAGAUAAGAUACAGGAUAUGGUAGAUCUGGGGAUUGGCAGUGAAUCCAUGGGAGGAGAUUUCCGGCGAAUAGGUCCUAAGCCGCGCCCAGGCUUAUUGGAUUGAUUUCAAGUUAAGUUUUUCUGGAUGUUGGAAUGGAUGAAACGGAGGGGAAUAGGCUGAGAAGCCAAAAUUAACUAAUGAAGAAGAGUAAGAGUGAAGCUAGAAUUCUUGCCUGCUGCUCAAUCUACCGAAGGUAAUAAUACAAAAAAAGACUUCUGAAAGGGAGGAUUCUCCGUCAGGAACGGUUAAUAUAGGAGCGAAAUCCGAAAUAGCUAUCUUUCGUUCUCUUGUUCGCUAGAGGCUCUAAAAGGCCAAUCUGCAAUAUGAUGCCAGAAAAAGCAGUUUUCAACUAUUGAGAUCGAUGUCCGCUCCUAGAAGUAGAGCUCAAACCUAACUCUAUCAAGUCAGUUAUAAAUUCCUCUUCUUUCCAGUCGAGCAUCUUCAAACUUACUGCAGGAUUGGAUUAUCUUCUACGGCUGCUACUUCGCUUCGUCCUUAAGGCCAAGCUUAAAAGUGGCUUUCUUCUUUCAAACUUAGAGUUAGGCGCGUAAGGAAGUCCAUCAAGGACAGAAUAUAAGGCUUACAGGUCGACUAAAGUUAAUAAAGACAUGAGUCUUCUUCCAUACUCCAUAUACAGCUUAUGGCUCUACUGAAAGACUGAAAAGUCCAUUACUUCAUAUAUUAAUAUGGCUUACGGGUGAAUCUACUAGAAGAGCUCAAUUGCUAUCUUUUUGGCUGUUGUGCGCGAUAGGUCAUUCUAAGGCUUCAUUUAUUCUAGCAGCUAAAGCCCAUACAUCACAGAUAGUACCAUACAGCACAGAAGGAAAGCUUGGCAUCUGAUAGCGUUCGUGCCUUAUCCCGUUGAUGAACCCUGGUAACAUACUGAGGCUAUGACAGCCUCUGAUCGGACUAGUCCCAUUGAAUCACAUCCCAAGCCCAUUUCAUCUAUUCCCGGGGAUUCCCUUCUAUAGGCCUAGUCAGACAAUAUUAAGACUGACAGGAUUUAUAAAAUAAGCUCGAGACAUGCAAGUAUAACAGGAAGUUAUAAGCAUUGGCGAUCUGCAACUAAUAAGGCGGCUAUUAUCAGGCCUUUGAUGGCUUCUCUUUCUCCGUAAACUGUAACAUCAAUUCUUACUUUCUUUUCGGAUUGAAAGAACGUGAUAAAUGAAAUUUCAUCCUGUCGGGAUUGUAUCAACACAAAAUCUAACUAACUUGUUUCUCAAGCUAUAAGUCUUAUAUUUUUCUGGCUUCUGACUGAUUAAUGCUAUAGUCUUCGGUAGCUCUGACUUAGACUUCUUUGCUCUUUCUUCCUUAGCAAAGAGGAACCCAAACCUAUCUGAGGUCAAGCCCUGUAACUUCUAAUCCUACUUCUCAUACUACCUUAAGACUCAGGCUUGUACCUGCUAGCCCGUAUACCUGAGAGGAGGAAGUCCGAGACUCUCCUUAGGAUUUACCCGCUAACUAAAUAGAAUGAACUCUUCAGGACUGACGUGUAACUCUAAAUCAAACAGAGUUGAGAAAAGAAGAGGCUUUCAGAGCCCAUUGCUACUUCCGAAGUAACUUAGCCCGUUAAGAUAGAGUUAGAGCCGGACAGAAGACGUAGCUACCAAGAGCCGGAGAGUCCCUGAGGAGAAGAGAGGACGCUUUCUCCGAGCCUAUUGAGAUGUUAGCUGCUAAAGGAGUUUACUAAGGCUGCAACUUCCUAUGCUGCUGUAAGGCCUUGAAAAGAGUAAGAAAGACGAAUCUAUGCAUAAUUAGGAAUUUCAAUUAGUCUUCCUCAGGCCUUGCCUCAUAAGUAGCUUCUUCUUUUCUACGUAAUUUCCUCAGUAAUACUGACGGUGGAAGAUAAGGCUUUCGGAAUUGAUUAUUAGGGCGUGGUAAUAGAUUAAAGAGGUAUUGGAAAAUCUUACCACGGAAGGAAGAGAUAAGGAAUCCCUAGCUUUUGGAAGUGAAGAAGCGGAUAAAGUAGAAGAAAAUCUGCUACGGCAAAAGUCAGACUUAUGGGGGAAAGGAGAGAAUAGGCUUUCAGAUAGGUUGCUUUUCCUUCUGACUGAUUAAUGCUUUCGUAAGUCAAUAGAAAACGGAUGCUAGCAUGCUCAACCUUAUCAUUCACAGGACGGGAUUCCUAAAUCCAUCUUACUUGUUGCUCGGGUUAUGACUUAGACUUCAUUCCUGAUGCUGACUUCGUCAUGCUCCAGCUUUCUAAGUCUGCUCCUUCGAUUUAUUUUAUUAAUGGCUCUAAUUUCAUGUUUGAGGAGUUCAGUGAGCAAUCCAAUUUUGGCAGUAAGACUAUCAAUAUAUCAUGUCAACAAAGAAAACUUAGAACUUCUCACCUCAUUCUAAGGAUGGGAUUGCAACUAAAGAGAAUGAGCUAUCUCCAGAUUAUAGACCAUUUCUCGCUUUCAGCUAUCCUUUAUAAAGUAGCAUUUCUUUCCAGGCUUGCAACUCUCUUUCCCACCUUUUUAAUAGAUGCAUUAAGGACUUAUAGUUAGAUAUAGGAUGCUAGCUGGUCUGUCCUCAGGGAGGGCUUGAACAAAAAUAGAAACUAUAGGAUAGGUUUGAAACUAAUGAGAUCGAAGUUUGCACCUUUUCUUUCCUCAGUAAAUUCCUAGGGGGAAGAGAGUAAGGAAAGCAAAACAAACAGAUAGGGAUAGCUGAAAGCUAAACUAAAGUCUAUUAUUAAGUUGAAGUUAUAGUGGAGUAAAGAUAAGCCGUAGAAUCGAAAGAAUCGAAGAAGCUACUUGACCUUGCAGGGCUGACUAUCAUUCCAGAUGGCGAUAAAAAAGGAUAGUCUCAAGUCAUGCCUCUGAUCUCUAUUCCAGCUUCUUAUCUAGGCUUCCUUACCGGGUAAUCUAUUCCCAUUCCCAGGGCAGAUAAAAAAAAAAGUCAAGAAAGAAGUCUUAACGUGUUCGUGUCUUCCGAGGAAUAGAAGAUAAGAUUCUCCUUUCCUGUAUCUGCUAACUGAUCAGUUGGCUCUGACUGCCUCUUCACUGACUAUUCCCCGGGAAGUUAGGGACGAAGUAGCAGAAGUUGCAGCCGUAAAAGCCUUAGAAAGUAGUGCAAGGAUUGACUGAAAACAUCCUAUAUUGGAGUGGACUUAGGGCUUUCGGCGAAUGAGGAAAUAUUGAGGUUUGACUUAGCCGUCAAGCUAGCUAUUGAGCUAUUCACGUAUGACGCUCCAUGGUAAGGUAAUCCGAUCCUUUAUCAGCUAGAGGCAAAGCAUCAGUAGAAAGAAGCAAAUUAACUACUUCGCAGGAGAAGCCUGAAAAUGGAGUCCUGGACUCUAUAGUAGCUGAUUUGAAGUAUGUCAUUUCCCUUCCUUCAUCACAUCUGAGAGUUAAGUCAGUCAGAAUUGAUGUUGUAGAUUAAGACUGAUCUGUAGACUGAGACGUCCGGAUUUCAGUCUUUCUUUACUUAUUCUAGGGCCAAGCCCAAUAUAACUAAUAUAUCUAUUUAUAUCUGCCUGUAUAUGAACCCCCCUGGUAAGAUACUUAUGAAUCUCCUCAAAAGGACUAAAGCUAAGCCAGCAGUUGCAGUUCUGUCUGACUAUUCAGAAGCUGAUGUCACUAGUCCCGCCUCUCUUGACUCAUCUUUCUUGCUUUUUAUGCUUUCGCCUGCUUUCUCUUCAAAGGAAGUAAGGAGUCUUAGUGCAUUCGCGUCUCACAUCAUAUGGGAGAUUCUCACAUUCAUCUCAUCCAAAGCCGGUGAAUCCAUUCUUCAACCCGUUGAUUCCUUUGAUUGAGCAGCUGUCAAAAGGCAUUCGCAUCUUCUUUCAAUUCAAUCUUGAGAGAUGAAACUUGGUGGUCCACUAGGGCUUACUAAUUUUAUUUACUUAGACGGGAUCUACUGAUAAAGAAGAAAGACCUCUUGAAGCCUUUGUGACCGAUAAGACCGCGGUCACCGCACUCUCCAUAGGGAAGUGUUGAGGUCGGAUAAGUUUCUCUCCACCAAGUCCAAUCUUUAGGAAAAGCGUAAUGAAAAAAAACCAAGAACCUAAACCAUUAGAGGGCUCGGAUCUCAAUUGCCCAGUGAUUCCAUUCCAUAACUUAAAAGGUAGGAAAGACAGUAGUUAGAAAGUAAAGCAUUGAUCCCUAGAAAUUCAGGAGCAGCAAAUCAGUCAUAGGAAGAAGCCAAAGCGGAAAUAUGAAAUGAAAGCUUUCGACUCCGCUGGAUCUCGUAUUGAUUUCUUCCAAGUCUAAAUUGCGUAUAUUAGAGGCGUCGAUUCAAUGGAAGUCUAAUCCGCUACUUCUUCUGCUAAGCUAGGCAAAGGAGUAAGAAUAAUGAAAGGAGGAGCUAAGUCAUUCUACAAGCCGUGAUGCUUUCAUCUUUCUUAGUCUUUACACGACCUUACCUAGGAAAGGUUAUUGAAAGCUAGGAGUCAGUUUGAUAUUCUAAUAAUCCCAUCCCGAUCCGCUGUGAUUGAGUAUAAUGCAUUGGCAAAGGCAGCUAGGUAAGAAUAGCGCUUGAAGAGCUAUAGACGUUAUAGUAUAGCCUACAUGGUAGGAUUAAGUGUUAGGCGGAAAUCUCAUAUUCACAAAGAGUUAGGUCUCUAUCCCUGAACAGACUGAGUUCAAGAAGUGAGAAAAUUUCCCGCCGGCCCUCUUUUGAGGUCGAGACCAAGCAGGGGAAAGUGCCUUCUUAUCUUGAGUAGUGGGGAAAAAGCUUACAUUUGUUGAAUUAGGGGCCUCUUGAACAGCCAUUCACUUUCACUGGCUUAUCUGCCCUUCUAACGGAAGAAUCUCCUGGCCUUACUGGCAUGACUGGAAUUUUACUAUCUGUCUGCACCUUAGUUUGGUACUAGUGGACUAUUCAAUUCUAACUGACCUGACAUUUCGAUCAAAGUUUCCUAUAGUAUGAUCCUAGGGGAACCCCUUUUUUACUAAAAAGAGGAAAGCAUAUGACGUAAAAGACAAGUCAAGCAUAAUCUAACUUUUGCUAAACGAGAGCUCCUAUGUUCGGCUCUGUUCUUAUUCUUGUUAUCUUCCUUUUUUCUUUUUCACUUUCCUUCCACCAGAUUGAAACUUACCUCUCACAAUCCACUUAAGAAGGCAGUUAGAGGAACGACAAGAUAGCAAGCGAUAUCGCUGUUCAUAGUGAACAAUCUAUGCUUCUCUAUCAACCUAGCCUGGAAUUAUUGCAGUGACUCUGUUCCGGUUCUAUAUGCCAGAUCUCUCUAUCUGCUUGGUUCAUUGUAAAAAAAAGCCUUUCCGAGUGAACUUCGCCCUUAACUUGAAGGCUAAGCAGCCUUUUUUUUCGCUUUGUCUUUUUCCUAUCUUCUCUCUUCAAUUGCCGAGACCCAUACAUACAAAGGUCUAGGUAGCUCAUCUCCUUCUUCAACUCCAUCCCCGUAAGCUGAAGGAAGGACGGGAUUAAUUGAACUCAGUCUGACUUGUUCCCUGGGAUUGGAUGUCUUUUGCCAAGUGAAUUAGAGAGGCGGAUCCUCUUUGUACGCUAUUUGCCUAUCUUUCUUUUUGUGUGGGUGCCACAGAAUGGGCGAACAUCACCAGAGAGCAGGGCCAGAUCUUGAUGUAGAUAGGAGUUUUCAAGCUGAGGGGGCUGACAAUUCUGUUGGUGUGAAGUGAGCUCUAAGCCUAUCACUAUCAGCUCUUGGCUUAUUCUAAGCUGUUACAUUCAUAUGUAAGAGUUAUAAACUUUUUGUAGUCCUUAUGCUAAUAUUAUUUAUCUGAGCAAACUCAAUUCUUGAAAGAAAUUACAUAGAUAGAGCAGUACGCUCUGAUCUUGACAGCUUUCAUUUUCGAUUGAAAAAGUGGCAGACCUAAACUCCAAUAGUGCACCGAAAUGGGGUCGGAGAGUCGGUAAUCUUAGAUUGGCUAAGAUCGAAUGGAACUGUCUUUGAGGAAAGAGAGAUAUAGAAAGUGUGCAGUGAUUGAAUUGUAGUCAGUCUUCACUUAACUCGACCGCCUUUCGACUCCCAUGUUUUUCUUUGGUCAACAACAAAGCACAUCUCCGUUUUGUUCUUCAUUCACAACUCCUACAGGCUUGCUUUUAACCAUACCUGGUUCAGUCUGUAUGGAGGGAAUCAUUUUUUCUCAAUCAAGACCAUGUCAGAGAUUUUUGUGCUUGGCUUUUGCUUCUGUUUUUACGUAAGCGUAAACACUUGGCACGCUUAUAGGAUUAUCCAGAUAAAUGAAAGAUUACAGAAGCCCAUGACAUUUAAAAUAACUUGGAAAGACGGGUUGGUGAUAACCCCGUGGGAACGGCCUAUUGGUCCCACCCACGGCCCAUCUGACCCUUCUUCGCCUUCGGGUUCUCCAGUUAAGGAUGCCCUGGAUCUAGCGCAAGAUGUUCCCCACAGCCCCCUUGAUCAAUUUGCCAUUAAGUCAUUUCUUGAUAUGAGGGUAGGAUACUUGUAUAUCUCAUUCACAAAUCCCGCUUUCUUUAUGCUGCUAACUCUCGGUUUGGUCUUCCUGCUGUUUCAUUUGGUUACUAAAAAGGGCGGAGGAAAGUCAGUACCCAAUGCUUGGCAAUCCUUGGUAGAGCUUAUUUAUGAUUUCGUGCCGAACCUGGUAAACGAACAAAUAGGUGGUCUUUCCGGAAAUGUGAAACAAAAGUUUUUCCCUUGCAUCUCGGUCACUUUUACUUUUUCGUUAUUUUGUAAUCUCCAGGGUAUGAUACCUUAUAGCUUCACAGUUACAAGUCAUUUUCUCAUUACUUUGGGUCUCUCAUUUUCCAUUUUUAUUGGCAUUACUCUAGUGGGAUUUCAAAGAAAUGGGCUUCAUUUUUUAAGCUUCUCAUUACCCGCAGGAGUCCCACUGCCGUUAGCACCUUUUUUAGUACUCCUUGAGCUAAUCCCUCAUAGUUUUCGCGCAUUAAGCUCAGGAAUACGUUUAUUUGCUAAUAUGAUGGCCGGUCAUAGUUCAGUAAAGAUUUUAAGUGGGUCCGCUUGGACUAUGCUAUGUAUGAAUGAUCUUUUCUAUUUCAUAGGAGAUCUUGGUCCUUUAAGUUUAGUUCUUGCAUUAACCGGUCUGGAAUUAGGCGUAGCUAUAUCACAAGCUCAUGUUUCUACGAUCUCAAUCUGUAUUUACUUGAAUGAUGCUACAAAUCUCCAUCAAACUUUCUUUUUUGUUUGUUAUUUUUUUAUAAUUGAAUAAAAGCGAGAUAGAAUC